AUGAGCUCGAAGUCCGCUGCAGCUAUCUUACAGCGGCAGUUUAAAGAUCUUACCGACCCCAAAAAGGGCAUUCCGUCCUUUCACAUUGAGCUUGAUGACGAUAACAUUUUUUUGUGGAACAUCGGCAUCAUGGUGCUCAACAAGGAAUCCAUGUACCAUGGCGGCUACUUCAAGGGACAGAUGCGUUUUCCUUCCGACUUCCCCUUCUCACCGCCAACCUUCCGCUUCACCCCUGCCAUCUACCAUCCCAAUGUGUACCGAGACGGGAGAUUGUGCAUUUCCAUUCUCCACCAGGGUGGUGACCCUACAUCGGACGAGCCGGACAGCGAAACGUGGUCGCCAGCGCAGACAGUUGAGUCGGUCUUGAUCUCCAUCGUGUCGCUUUUGGAAGACCCUAACGUUAACUCGCCAGCCAACAUAGACGCUUCUGUCGAGUUGAGAAAAAAUCCAGAGGCGUACAAAAAGAAGGUCAUGCAAGAGGUGACCCGCUCGAAAGCUGAUAUCCCUGAAGGCUUUGUCAUUCCUGAAAGCGAAGUUCAUGCCUACGGUAACGGUAACUCGUCGAACAAGGAACUCGAUCAGGAGCCCAUCGACGAGGAUUUUUGGUAUGACAGCGAAGAAGAGAGCUUCGACGAAGAAAGCCUAAUGGAUGACAUUGAUGACGAAGACGAUGUCGAGGAGGAAGAGGACAGCGACGUCGAAAUGGUCAAGUAA